UAGACACGUCAGAUAUAUUUUAAAUCAGUUGUACAAUUUGUGUAAAUCGAUUUAAUAAAUUCGAAAUUGAGAUUUAAAAUCGCCAAUUAAUUUGUCACCACUCGAAGUUUCAGAUAUCGACAUGUCUGGCGAAAAGAUAAACAAAUCAGCACUGUUCUGGCCUGCAGAAAUUUCCCUGGAUAAUAGCAGCUGCGCCGUUUGUACGGAAGAUGCCAAUAAGCCCGUUUUCUGCACCACCUGUGCCAAAAUGCUAUGUUUCAAUUGUAUGGCUAGAUGCCAACAGGAUAACGGAUGUGGCUUCUGCCGCAGUAAAACUCCUAUUGAGGAGUAUCGAAAACAAUGCCACGAUUACUGUUGUGACAAACACGAGCUUCUUGUGACACUGUUUUGCACAGAGUGCGAAAUUUGCGUUUGUAAGCAAUGUUUAAACAAAGAAGCAGAACAUGCUCUACAUAGUAUUACUACUAUCGAUGGUAUCCGUAUGGAGCUAGCUCGGAAGAUUAAAACGCUAUAUAGUUUCCUGCGAUUAACAGAAGCAGUUAAUGAAUUGACUGAUUCAGCUAUCGAGUUCGUCGAAUGUUUUGUUCCACCCGUCAUGAGAGACAAACUCAAAUUAAUGCAUGAGACAAUCCAAUCCUUAGUCAUUGAGACUGAGACGUAUAAUUUAAAGGAGUUAGUUAACAAUCGAACCCAGUUAAAAAACCGCUUGGUUGAUAUGAUGGAGAGUAUAACGAAGCUAAAAAAACAAGAUUUAUCUUCAAACAGUAGUUACCAAAUUUUCCUCUUCAAGAUCGAUUUAACGAUGAUAUUCUCAUAUGAUACUGAUUUAUUUCCGGACAAAUACGGUAAUGUUUGGAAAGUGACCGUCUACCCUAGGUAUGGCAAAAUUUGGAACCUCUCCAAAUUUGCUGCGUUUCAAAUCAAAUUAGUAUCAGGAGACCCAGGACGGUACGAAAUGAACAUAACCAGCUCCGAAAGUAUCAUUCCUUUUCAUAGAAUUCUAGAUUUCAUGUGCAUACCCUCGGCUUCCGCUAUUUUCAAGAUAUGGGAGAGUGACUCCAAAACUUCAAAACUCCGUGAACUGGUACUUACUUUAAGUGUUAGACGAGUCAGUUGCCAAUGUGGAAAUUUUAAUAAUCAGAAUUGUUAAUCUCCUGACUGUAUUUGUUUUAAACAUACAUAAGCGGAAUAUAAAAUAAAAUAAACUUAUUUGUAAUAUAUUGGAAAUACACUCAAACCAGUGAAGUAAACAGGAAUCUCAUGACUAAUAUUACGAUCACAGAGAAAAAUACAGUAUACGGUCACCAUGUAUUCGACUUUACUCUAGAUUUUGGAAAAUGGUUUCCAAUUAUUUUACAACACCAAUAUUAAUAUCCACGUUCUUAAAAAUUACACAUUAUUAAAAAUUAAUGUCGAAGAUGAUUUUAUAUGAUCAUAUUUUUAGAAAACUCGCUUAGUCACACUUUUAUCGUUCCCAAAUGAAUUAUUAUUCAUAUGUAUCAAAUAGAAUCUAUAGGUUAUCACGUGAAGUUCCCGAUUACAUGUUGAAUGCUACAUGAAUUCUAUAAAUACAAUAUAUUAUUCCGAAAAUUUUGAGUACUAUGAAAUUCUACACCACAAAACUUUCCAAUGUACAUUCAUAUCACGUCAUUUUCGAACAAUUAUGUUGUUAUAAAGAAUCAAGCCAAAAUGUCAUGCUGAAUGGUACUAUACUCAAAUUUUCAAUUGCUUGGAAACAGUUGCAUUGUGUCUUAUUUUACUU